AUGGGACUGCUCGCCUGGACCACCGACAAUGAUGUGCUGGAGAGGGCCUUUUCUCCGUUCGGUGAGAUCAUCGAAUUGAAGGGCCGUUUGACGCAGAUCAUCAACGACCGUGAGACCGGGAGAUCCAGGGGCUUCAGCUUCGGCUUCAUCACCUUCAGCAACGAGAAGGCCAUGAGGGACGCGAUCGAAGGCAUGAACGACCAGAACCUCGACGGUCGUAACAUCACCAUCAACGAGGCCCAGUCUUGUGGAAGCAGCGGUGGUGGUAACGGAGACAGGGGAGGAUAUCGUGGAGGUGGUGGUGGUGAUGAAUGUGGAGUUGGUGGUUAUGGUAGUGGUGGUGGGGACGGUGGUUGUGGAGGUGGUGGUGGUGGUGGUGUUGGUUUUGGAGGUGGUGGUGGAUGUGGAGGUUUUGGAGGAGGAGGA